AGCCAAAUUUGAAUAGGUUUGGUUUGAUUGAAGGGAUAAGAAGUAAAGAAGUAUUGGAUGGAUGGGUGGUGUGCUGUAAAGUGAAGAGGAUCCGUGAGGUGUCCCACAAUCCAUAUAUAAUAGCGAGGAUGAGCCAUGACGCUAGAAUUGGUUAGUUGGUAAUGACUGGACAACACAUAUUUCCGGACACGGAGAGAUCAUUCAGUUGGGUGUUAUCCAUCAAUCAAUCAUAACAGUUGUUGUUGUUGUUGUUGUUGUUGGGGAUGGGAUCGUGCCUCUCGGUGUCGGGGGCAUCGGCCUCCGUAGAUGCUUUUGAUGAAUCAUCUUCCAAUUCCAGUUCCAGAACUGCCUCUGAUUAUAACAUGGAAAUGCGGCUCCACAGAGUUCCUGGCAGAUUAUUCUUGAACUGUUCGUCCCAGGUUGCUUCCUUGUUCUGUAAGCAAGGUCGCAAAGGGAUCAACCAGGAUGCCAUGCUUCUCUGGGAUAAUUUCUCUUCAAACAAGGACACCGUUUUCUGUGGUGUUUUUGAUGGCCAUGGACCUCAUGGCCAUAUGGUUGCAAAGAAGCUCAGGGAUUCCUUCCCUCUCAAGCUUAUUGCUCAAUGGAAUUUGCUUCAUCCUAACAACAACAGCAGCAGCAACAACAACAGCGAUACACCUUGUGCGGUUGCCCCGGGUAACAUUGGUACGCUCAGAGACUCCUUUGUGAAGGCUUGCAAGGUGAUGGACAGAGAGCUGAAAGUGCAGCAUCAGAUAGAUUGCUCGUGUAGCGGGAGCACGGGUUUGACGUUGCUGAAGCAGGGUCAGGACCUUGUUAUUGCGAAUGUGGGUGACUCCAGAGCAGUAUUGGCCACCCAAGAUCGUAGCAAUGGUUCUCUUGUUGCUGUCCAGUUGAGCACUGACCACAAGCCACAUCUCCCAAGGGAAGCAGAGAGGAUAAGGAUUUGUAAAGGAAGGGUCUUUUCCAUUAAGAACGAAUCAGGGAUUCCUCGAGUAUGGCUCCCCAACAUUGAUUCCCCUGGCCUUGCCAUGUCACGUGCUUUUGGAGAUUUUUGUCUCAAGGACUUUGGAGUCAUCUCUGUUCCUGAUUUCUCAUAUCACCGCCUCACUCAAAGGGAUCAGUUUGUUGUCUUAGCCACAGAUGGGGUAUGGGAUGUUUUAUCCAACGAAGAAGCUGUGGCCAUUAUCUCUUCUGCUCCUCGCUCUUCAGCGGCUCGAAUGUUGGUUGAGGCGGCUAUUCAUGCAUGGAAAACCAAGCUUCCCCUUACAAAGGUUGAUGAUUGCUCUGUCGUUUGCCUCUUCUUUCAUUCAGACUCAGACUCAGACUCACUUAGACUCGAACCUCAACAAAACCACCAAUAGCCUCUCCUCACUAAUUUGACAGUUACACUCGCACAUCCCCUUCAGGUUUAACAAAAUUUCCUUUGAUAUCUCUCCUUUAUAUAACAAAAUAACGUUGUAUAUACUUUCCGUUAAUGAUUUAUGUAGUUAUAUAGAUGGAGAGAUGUAGUCAUGUAAAAAGAAAAAGGAAUAACAAGUUUUAUUAAACCUCAGGGGUGUGAGAUAUAAUUUGUCUUAUAUUAGGGAAAAGGGACACCGUCUUCUUUUUUUCUUUCUCCUUUUAGCUGGAGGUCAUUUCCUUCUCUGUAUAUCUGGUAGAUGUGGACUUCUGUAAAUCCAAGUCUCUAGAUUAUAUCAUGUGGUUUAUCCAGUGGGUUAACUGAAACAGGAGAAUUGAAAGAAUAAGAAUCAUCUGUUUGUUACGAACGCUUGUUCGGUUUAUUAUCUAGUUU